UCCUGGUUUGCAAAUUAUCAGAACUCCCCCUUGUUGGAAUCCUAUGUAAAUUCCUAGUAACUUUGGAGCUCGGUACAAUUCUGUUCACAGCAAUGGGGCCUUUCCUGAAUUUAGAUUCUUUUUUGUUGUUUUAAGUACUUUUACAUACACGAUUAUGCCCACAGGUAACAGGAAACCAGUGUUUCAAAAGAAAACUUGAUCACAUUGCUAGAUAACACAGGUAUCCUAAAUAAGUGUGUGAGCGCCUCAAGGGCUUUACCUACAGCUCCUGCCAAAAGUACAUAUUUUUUUGAUUGGUAAGAACGGCAGGUGACGCUUCAUGAAAUAUAAAUACAAGAAAGACUCGGGAGAGCUCAAUAAAAACCUUCCACCCGUCAGUCUGGGAGGAUAAGAAAGAUACUGUUUAACAACAGCUGGAAAUGGCUUUCGGAGUGCCAAUAUCAGUCUAUCUCUUAUUCAAAGCAAUGACAGCAUUGACUGAAGAGGCAGCCGUGACUGGAACACCUUCAAACACAACCCAGCAAAGUAACUGGACAGUUAACAAAACAGAAGCUGACUACACAGAAGGGCCCAUAGCCUUGAAGUUCUCACAUCCUUGCCUGGAAGACCACAAUAGUUACUGCAUCAAUGGUGUUUGUGCAUUCCACCAUGAGCUGGAAAAAGCCAUCUGCAGGUGUUUUACUGGUUAUACUGGAGAAAGGUGUGAACACUUGACCUUAACUUCAUAUGCUGUGGAUUCUUAUGAAAAAUACAUUGCAAUUGGGAUUGGUGUUGGAUUAUUAUUAAGUGGUUUUCUUGCUAUUUUUUACUGCUACAUAACAAAGAGGUGUCUAAAACUGAAAUCACCUUACAACAUCUGUUCUGGAGGAAGACCACUGUGAGGCCUUCGUAAGAAAUUUUCAUGAGGCGUGUAUAAAAAUCAGUGGGCCCCAAAUCGAAAUCUUCCAAUGAAACAACAAAACUUCCCAAGCUGACUGGACUCGAAAAUAAAGGAAGUUGGGAUCAUGAUGAAAUGAGAGAAUAAACUUCAACGUUGGUCUUCAGACUUUGCCAUCGUUAGGUUGCCAUGGGAAUCGAGUGAACAAGCUACUGUGACAGAAGUCAAGUUCAUAGUCCUACUCUGGGUUUGUUGCUGUUGUUGUGUGGUUAUUGUUCUUACUGCAGAAAGACUGAGCUUCAUGCUUCUGACCACGUCAGAUGUGAAUUUUCAUGGGAAUAAUUACCAACCUUGCAGCAAGCCAAAGCAAUGCCAAGCUUGGGUUCUUCACGUGCUGGCUACCACCGGCAGGUUAGAUCACUGUGCUACGGACCUAGUCCCAAGCAUGCUGCUUUCAUGGUGUCUAAUGCUAGGAUGAGGUCAGUGUUAUGGCACCUCCAGCGAUGCAAGCAUGUGCCUGAAGCCUAAACCAGGGAAAAGAAAAUGGAAUGUCUAAGGCAAACAUAAAUCAUACCCAGCUCGUGACAACACUGUGUAGCCUGUAUCUGUGAAAUGUGGAAUAAGUUGAAGAGUUUUUGAUGACUAAAAGCUAUCUGGAUAUUGAGCCCUGAGUAGGUGAAACAUUUCUGUUUCUGCAUGGAUUAUAAAACCUUGUGUCGGACUCAGUGGUCCCCUAAUGUUUAUGUUCAUCGCCUCUUCCUAUUGUUAGUGGAAUUACCUGGUGACUAUCCAUUUGGCCUGAAAUUCUAGAAUUCUACUAAUAAAUAAAAUUCUACCAUCAGCCCUGAAAUAGAAACUGAAGAAUCGGACAUAGGAAUUGUUUCACCAGCCGACAACCUGUGGAAACUUUCUCCGCCAUUUCUGAACGCUUGAUAGCAGAUUUGCACAUAGCGAGAGAAAAUGGAACAAGGAUAGAAAUCCCCACUUGAGAAUUAGGGUCCCUUCCUCUUUAAUCAUACUUCUUCCACAUCAGUAGAAUUAUCCUCGUGCAGGUCCUUUAAUUUCUUCAGGCUUUGGUUUUAUCUUCUACAAGGCCCUGCUAGUUUUUAGAGUUUGACUAGGGGUCAAGAGAAAGUUUUCCAUAUUUGUCCCACAAGUGGAAUUAUUCUCAACACCACCUCUGUCCCCCACGCCACAUCGAACCCCAAAACACACCACUGGAUAUAAUCUUAGGUGUCUAUUUGAGUGUUUGGUUUGCAAAACAAUCAUUUAAAAUUUUGUCUUUAGAGGAAGUGAAACAUGGAAUUGAAGAAGAAUAAUAUCUACCAAUUUUCUCUUGGAUUCAAUCUAAAACUAUGGACCUUAUUUUUUCUCCAUUGCGAUGUAGAUAAGCAAAACAAUUCUGAUCACAAGAUGGGUUAAAGGAGGAUCAAACGUGAAUGUGCCUACAAUGGUAACAAGACUUUCACUUCUGUAAUGACUUUUCCAUUCGCUCCUAAACAAAACUUUACAUUCUGCUUUCCUUUGAGUAGACGGCAUUUCACCAGCUUUGUUUUUCCUUCAUAAGGAAUUUAAUGCCGAUGAAUUACACGUCAGCAUUUUCUGCUUGUCCUCACAAAGUAUGCAAAGGUUACAUCAUACCAAAAAGUGGGGAGGUGAAGUUUCCUCCCAGUGACUCCAGCGACCGCACCUAGAAAGCUAUGAUCUUCCCGAGCUUUUCAAAAAGGUGUUAAAACGCUGGGGAGAGUCCAGGAAGAGACAAUAAAGCUUAAUUAAGGACUGCCUCUUGAUGAAAGGAAAGAGGAACUAAUGCUGGAGCCGGGAGAGGUGAUAACCUAAAAAGUUAUAAAUGUCUGCUGUCUAUAAAUAUUUCUAAACUGUAAACACAAUAUAAUUGAAAUUAAGAAACACCAGACAGAGAAUUAAAAUGUCCAGAUUGCCAAACCAAAACAGAAACCAAUAGGGAUUCUGAGUUUUUCAGUGUGGAAGAGUGUGCAGUAUAAAAUCCCCCCCGUGAGACCAUACAGACAUUUAGAAUGUGGCUUAUGAGAAGCCAUCUGUUGGUGGUCUGUCAUACAAAGUAAUCGUCUGGUCCCCUGAAGCCUAGAAUUCAUUUUGCAGAGAGGAAUCUCCGGCAUUCCUAUGGCAAUAUUUACACAUGUAAGUAGGACUUAAGUGAGACAAUGCAUAUAAAUACAAGAUGUUCUGCAAACUUCUUUAUCUUCUGUUUUUUUCCUGUGCAAGACCCUGAGAAAAGCCUGCCAGGGAAGCCCUUGGCAUCAAGAUUACAUUUCCAGCUAUCAGUCAUGAAUUAUUAGGUGGUGUGGAUCAUUCAGGAAAGAAAGGAAAACAUGUUUCUGGCACCUUUGACUAAAUCAAGCAGGAUAAGGGGUUCACCAAUUUCAUUCAUUUCCCAUUUUGUCUUCUUUAGAUAUCUACCCUUCAAUCUCUGAGAACACGUCCUUAAGUCAUCAAUAUUCAUAAGUGCUUCAUUAAUUAACAUUCGGAGCAUGAUAAGGGUGAGGGCAAACACCAUAAUUUCAAACAUACGUGAGCUAGUAAAUUCACAGAGAAAAUUAUAAUUACUUGUUAUUGUAUCUUCUUUCCCCAAAUUACUUUUUUCUUUAAGUAAUCUCUAUACCCAACAUGGGGUUUGAACUCACGACCCCGAGAUCAAGAGUCACAUGCUCUCCUGUCUCAGCCAGCCAGGUGCCCCAUCCCAAAUUACUUUUUUGUAUGUUAUGUUUUUUAUAAUCCCGGAAGUAGAUGAAAUUAUAACAUAGAUUAUCUUUUAGUGUUUUUGGCCACAAUACAAAUCUAAUCCUUUAAUUCGGAAAUGUCCAUUUUGGUGAUGUCAAGGAGAUUUCCAUUCAUUAUAUGUAAUUGAGAAAGUGUCUUCAGAAAAUAACAAGGCAAACAUCAGCAAUCUAAGCUUUUGAUGUUGGACAUAAGGGCAGUUUGUCUCUGCAGAAGACCAUGAGUAAGCCACCUAACUUCUUGCGUUGCAAAAUGUAACAAACUCUCUGUAGUGUGAUGUAAAUAUUGAUAUCCUGCAACCCACAUUCAUGGGAAGGGUUACCAGAAUCUCUCUAUUGCAAAAUACCACUCUUUCUGGCUUACAUCAUGGCUGCGUGACAUCAGGUUACUAGCAUCUGCCAAGAUGAACCAGAGGUGUUGAAAUUUAAUUUGUCAGAGUCUGGCACUGCUAAUCUGGGUGAGUCCACAUUUCUGUCCAAGCCUCGGUGCGGCCCUAUUCAGUAGCACGUUCAGAAGCAGAUCUUCCAAAUUCAGCUCCAAAUUUCUGUUAAUUAUUCAAUUCAGGAAUGCACAGUUCAGACUAUGAGAGCCUAAGCCAUUCAUUUCCUCGGGAUUCAAAGGCUAGGCCCCCUGGAGAAUAUCCACGUGAAUAAACGAGUACUACCUUUCUACUUCACUCCUCUGCCAAAACUAAACAUGAUGGAUAUUCCAAACUGUGGGCAACACCCACAGCCUCCAAAGAAACAUCCCAUAAAGAUGAGGAAUAUGAUUAUAUGGUAACGAGGGGGAAUCGCAUUGUUUCGUCAGGUCUUAUCGCUAAUAUAUCUCAUGACCUUUCUUUAUAAUUUUUGUGUCUCGGAUAUUAUUGGAGCAUAAAUCACUUAGACUGAAAUUUGGUUAGGACCGCAGUCAAGCAGGUAUCAAACUAGCAGUGCUUUUGAUCUUUAAGAGGAUGGUAAUUAGGCUUUACAUCUUUCUGGAAAGAAUGGCAUCUACAGAUCUUUAAAAUUGCCCCAAAAUUUUGAUUCAAUACUAAGUCUCCUCACAAAUCAAGUUAAAUGGUGUAAUAUAGCGAUCACUUAUGAGCACUUACAAUGCUUGAAAAGCAUUAUUAGCAUUAUUUUAAUUAAUCCACACCUGUAUGGAAUUGAGGCUCGGAGAAAAGGCUAUUGUUUUUUCAAGGUCACUUUAGCCUUUCGGUGGCAGAGCCUAGAACUGAGCCAGGUAGGUCUUACGCUCAAGUCCCUCAUCUAAACUCUGUCUGAUAAUGCUUCCUUAAAUGUUAUGGAAAAUAUUAAUGUUAAUAGUUGGCUUCUUGAUGAGCUUAGAGAUAAUACCCAAGUGGUUUGCAUGCAAAUGAAAAAAAGCUCCUUUCUUUAGAACGUAUGAAAUAAUAACCUUGGUCAUGGAUCAACCACAAAAAUUCCCUGCUGUCAUCUGCUGAUUAUUAAGAUAUGCAUACCAUCCUGAGGGUGGGGCCAGAACAGCCUUUAAGUGCCCGCUGACAGAUGAAUGUACGUUCCAGGGAGAGACUGUGGACUGUAAAUAGACCCUGGUUUAUCUUCAGGACUCGGGGGAUGAAGAGGUUACUUGCAAACACUUGACCCUAGGCCGUGGACAAGGGUUCUCUGGCACCGGUCCCCUAACUGGGGCACACCUGGCUUGGUUUGGUGAGGGGAUGGGGACUGAGUGGUUUUCCCAUCCACAGACAAAUCUCAUCAACUUCCUUCCCACCAUGUCACGCACACAACCCUACCCCGAGUCCCACAAACACUUUGAAGAAAGAUGGCCAAUGGCAGCAGUCUACGCGAGGGGCAAAAAUUGGAAGCACCACUAAAAAACCCUCCGCGGGGGAUGGACACUUGAACGACCUGUGAUCUGGUCCAGCUGCGUGCUUAUUUCACUCCGUUGGGAACCUCCACACAUGAUAUUCUUGUCUGUUAGACUCUAAGGACCAUCUCUCCAUCGCGUCCCUGGUUGAAAGUGGUAUGUGAAAAACACGCAGCCUCUACGGCAGAUUCAUUUCCUUUGACCUUCAUGGUGUUUCCUUUAAAACAAGAUUACAUUUAGAGAACGAGAUAUUUUCCUAUAAAAAGAAUCUAGCUUUUUAAGCUGCUUUUGGAAAACAGAGGAUACAGAGCGCUGGUCCCCCACGCUUCCAUUGCUUUGGUCAGAAGUGUGCUCUCCACACCUAGCCUGCUUCUGUCACAGUGCUGCUUCUUCAGGGUUUCUAUGGGCCUCCUCGGUCUGCAACCUUGGUUCUUCGACUGGAUGAAUUGUAAGAUCCUGCCUCAUCUCAGUUCCUCUGAGUCUAGCCGGCAGGUUGCCUGCAGAGGGCCUUGUUGUACCGCACACUUAACAAGCCAUAAAGGAACACGAGAGGCCAGGUCGCCUAGGAAUGUGCUCGUCAGGAGAACCCACACUCACCUGGAAGCUGGCAGGGGAGGCGUCUGAUGACUCAGACACUCUGCCCUGCCCACGCCCUCGGUCAUUCUCUGCUGUAAUCCUAAUCAGAUUUGUUUCCUCGGAGCUCAACCCUGCUUAUGUUACCUCCCUGCUCAAAGACCAAACUGACUCCCCAGCGUGCCCCAUGUUUGGCCAAGACUCCUCUCCUGGCAGUGGGAGGCCCUCCCUAGGGACGCUCAUGUGGUCUCUCUUUCUCAUCUACCCUUCCAGCACUCCUUACACAGACCAUCCCUCAGCUGCCCUCUGUUCCCUGAACAGACUCACAGUUCCUAUCAAUGUUAGUUAGGGUCUCUGCCGUUUGCUCUACAUAUAUUAUCUCUCCAUCUCUGUCUGCCUAGUCACAGAUACCCCAUUUUCCUCCUUUGAACUCCCUGGAUAUUUACACCCCGCCUCCCCCAGCGUUUUCACGUCCCAAACCAAGCAGCAUUUACAUUUUACCUUGUUUUAUAACGAUUUUUGCUCCUGGCUAACUGCCAGUGGUAAUAAUAACUGACUUCAUUCACUAAGUUCAUGCCUUAGACUGGGCACAGUGUUGAGUCAUUUAUUUACAGCCUCCCUUUUAACCCUCAGAGACAGCAGCCAGGAGGAAGGUUUUGUUGGGGGUUACGGUGAAGAGUGGUUCGGGAAAACAGACUGAGGCUUACCCCCCAGCUCCACCCCCUUACUAGCUGUGCCACUGUGAUCAAAUUCUUUAACUUUUCUAAGCCUGAGUUUUGUCCUUUGUAGAAAAGGGAUGAUAUUUAUCUCCUAAAGUGUUUUGGGAGAAAUAGUAAGUGCUCAAUAAAUAUUAGCUAUUUUGUUAUGAUUGCCUUCCAUUUUUCAGAUUAGAAAACUGAAUUUAGAAAGUUGACGUAACUUGUUUAAUACUAUGCAGCUAGUAAGUGGUGAACCUGGAUUUGACCCCAAGGCUGGCCAAUUUCAAGGCCUUAUUCCCUAGGCACACGACUUAGACCAUGGCUGUCGCUUGGCCCUGUAGUUUGAAGCAGGAUCUGCAACCUAAGAGAGCUGGGCUUUAAAUCCCAACUGUUUAUUAGUUCUGUGAUGGGGAGUAAAUUAUUUAACUGCACUAAAUCUUAUUAUAAAAUGGGGAUAACAACUACACCUCCCUAGGGUCAUUUUAAGACUAAGUUAAACUAGAUGGCUAAUAUAUGUAAAAAUCUAGGACACGGAGCUCAUUCAAUAAAUAUUACUUAUAAUUACUUAAUAUUUGUAACUUCUGUUACAAAUAUUUCAAAAAGCUUGUAUUGUUACUCAUUACGGUUGGUUUUAUUAUAAUGGGACAAAUGCCUUCCUAAAAAUCCUCACACUGUAAAAUUGAGCAACAAAAACCAUAGGGCUUACAGGAAAACUGAGGUUAGGGGUAUGACGCUCGAAAACUGUCAGUGACACAUUUAAAAAAAAAAAAAGAAAUCCACCAAAAACCACAGCGCAGUUCCUACAUUUUAAAUGGUUAAGAAAUCAACGGCUCAGUAUAUAGGGCACUCUAUCUUGAAGAACGUAAGCCGUUGCUUGCGGAAGUGGGUGUCAAGAGAGUCAAUGGUGAAUUAUUGUCAAAUGAUGAAGGAAGCGUUAUACAAACGGGACAGAGAAUUGUACCAGCAGAUGUGGAUGAGGGUAGCUUGUGACACAAACGGGAACCAAGGUAGCCGGUUGAUGUUUGCGAUCCAGGCACGUGUGUGUAUUUUGAGCAGCCCAUGCAGCUCGCGCAGCAGCUUUGUGGCUUCAUCUAGCAGUUCUGUUCUUUUCUUUUCUUUUCUUUUCUUUUCUUUUCUUUUCUUUUCUUUUUAAGUUUACUUAUUUUGAGAGAGAGAGGGAGAGAGCACGCGUGUGAGAGUGCAUGAGUGCGGAGGGGCAGAGAGAGAGGGAGAGGGAAUCCCAAGCUGGGGCCACCCUAUCAGCAAAGAGCCUGACUCCGGGCUCGGACUCAAGAACGGCAACAUCACGACCUGAGCCAAAACCAAAGUCAGUCGCUUAACUGACUGAGACACCCAGGGACCACUCACCCAGCAGUUCUAUUGGCCGAAAUCAUGCGUGAGCAAACACAAAAUCCUUAUAAUGCUCGAAUUGUCCGUUUAUGUUGAAACAAAUGGAUGUUUUCAAAAUACACUUUCAAACAGAACUACCUUGAAAUAUCACAACUUUUGUCUCUCAAACUAAAACUGAAUUAUAAUCAUCAGGCACGCGAAGUAUUCUGAUUAUAUUAGGCACUAAAGGAGAAUUACAAAAGCCCUCAUUUCCCCAAGUAAAAUUUUACAGCAGUGGCAAGGACAUAAUUCAGGGGCGCCUGGGUGGCUCAGUCAGUUAAGCGUCCGACUUUGGCUCAGGUCAUGAUAUGUGGUUUGUGAGUUUGAGCCCUCCAUCUGGCUCUGUGCUGACAGCUCGGAGUCUGGAAUCUGCUUCACAUUCUGUGUGUGUCUCUCUCUCUGACUCUCACCCAC